CCGGCGUCGGCACCAGCUCAGUGUCAGGCCGACAGCCCAGUGAGAUCAUGAGAGCCCUGCUGCUUUUGUGCGCGGUGAUCGGCGUGUGCGUCUCCGGUGCCUACGGCGCCAGGCGCAGGUUCGGCGCAGGACCUCCGCGGCCUGUCCAGAGGAGGCCAAGCGGCUGGCGGGAGUUCCAGCCCAACGAGCGGCUGGACUUCCAGCCGGAAUUCCGGCGUUCGGCGCCGCGGGAGCAGCUGCGCCUGGCGCCGCAGGAGCCGUUCCGUCUGGCGCCACGGGAGCAGCCGCGCCAGGAGCCGGCGGCGCCCGUCGCUGACGACUGGCCGGUGCGGGGCCCGGUCGUGGAGGAACGCGAGGACCCGGCGCCGGAGCCGCUGCAGCCGCUGGAGCCGCUGGAGCCGCAGCGCUCCGAGUUCGCGCCCGCCUACAGCGAACCGGAGGCGGCCGCCGACAGUGCGCCGGAGCAGUACUCCAUCACGAUACCGGAGAAGACGGAGAAAAACCGGCUGGAGUUCCAGGUGCACGGCCAGCAGGGCCCUCACAGCUACCGCUUCGGCUACGACACCGGCAGCGGCUACAAUCGGCAGUUCCGCUUCGAGGAGCGGGACAGCAAAGGUAACCUCAAGGGACGCUACGGCUUCUACGAUAAGGACGGCAAGCUGCAGGUGGUCAACUACUCGGCCACCCACGAGGGCGGGUUCGUUGCCGAGGGUGACUUCGGGAAGUUCCCCGUCAGUGAUCAUUAGUGAUCGCCUCCUCACUAUGGAAAAGGCCGCCUCAGGUACCGAGACAGAUAGUAAGACUGCGAAGGCACCAUUGAGACACUGAAGCGUCGCAGGGUCUCUAACAGACAACACUGAAGUGUCGCAGGGUCUCUAACAGACAACACCGAAGUGUCGCAGGGUCUCUACCAGACAACCAGCGGGUGUAAAGCAUUGUAUCAACUUCAGCGUGCCGUAGUGUUCGUUUGGACAUGGCACGGCUCUAUAUGUUGCUACCUCCCAUACUGACAUAGGAGCAUUCAUCACCUGCUACUCUGCGCUGGUCUGGCCCUGCUCCGCUCACCAACCUGGCACAGCACGCUGACUUCUUCCGCACUGGCGCCGGGACGUCUCUACUUUCCUCGACAUAUUCAAUUACGCGAGUUCUUCCAUUUCUGACUUUGUAAAAGUUGUGAACUUGUCCGCUAACGUACCCAGCUGACACGCCAUCUUUCCUUCUCACACCGCAAGACCGGAGUCUCGGUUCCCUGCGUUCGACCUUACCAACACCGCAGCUGGGCUAUGCUUCCCUGCACAGUUCUCUCACGCUACCCUGUCAUAUUCCGGACGACACGAAUGGUUUUGUUGACAUCUCAGACACCUUGCGAGGAUAUCCGCCCCGGAUGGUUCCCCGCCGGCUCCGAACGACACGGUUCGUGUCUCCUCACCCCUGUCGGGAUGCCAUCCCCUGGCAGGAUCUCGGCCUCUCUCCCACGGCGGCUUCAGCAAUCUCCAAGCCGCCUGAUCCCCCUGCGGGCCAGCUGCCAGAAACAAGUCAAGCCGAGUGUGAAAGACCGAUGGUGUGUUGUUAUUUGUUAGCGUUGGAGGUGCAGUGUUACGCCUUGCGUGAAUACAUUUGCUAAUGUGUA